AUAUUAAAUAGGCUUCCUUUCUCCACAAAGUCCACCAUUGAUUUGAUUCAUCAUCACAGAAUCACAGUAAUGACUAAAGCUGCAGCUCUCUCUCUUCACAUUCUCUGCUUUUCUGCGCUUCUGCUCUCGUCCUUCAACUCAGGUGGAACCCUGAAGUUGGUGAAUGGACAGAAAACUUGGUGUGUGGCGAAGCCUUCAUCAGAUCCAAAAAUUCUACAAGAAAACAUUGACUAUGCUUGCUCUAAUGCAGACUGUACUAUUCUGAGAAGGGGUUGCCCAUGUUCUAACCCAGAUAAUCUAAUGAACCAUGCCUCUGUAGCCAUGAACAUCUACUACCAGUCCAGGGGGAGGAACCAUUGGAAUUGUGACUUCAAGAACUCUGGUCUCGUUGUCAUCACUGAUCCAAGUUAUGGGAACUGUCGAUAUGAGUAAUAUAUAGUAAGAAAAGCUGCAACUUCCAUAAACAAAAGAUGAUGAACUCCAAUGUGUUUCAGUUUGUUA